AUUCAACUGUUUAUAUCUAAUAUAAUCCAACUGAUAAACAAAAUGUUUUCUAGAGCUAUAAAUACCCAGCUCUGGCAAAUCCAUGAAGCUGCCCAAUUCUUGGCUGUGUAAUUUUCCAAAAAAAAAGAAAAAAAAUCAGGCCCUACAUACCAGCCACGUGGAGGUGGAGCUCGCAACCACAAACCAUGCACGAGUGCAUGCAACAAAUGCAAUCCAAAAGCAGAGUUCUGGCCGGGCCAAGAAUAGCAGCUCCGUCCUCGCUAGCUCCCAUGGAUCACUCGGCACCCCACACGCGCUUCUCCUCCAUCCCCGGCGCGCGUACGUGCACGUCCACCAGUGACUGACCGUCAAUCACAUCAGCCAUCAUCGCCGGCGCGCGGCGACGAACGAGCUGACAAACGAUCCACCGGCGCCCGACGAGCUAACCGAGGAUGGCGGCGACGGGGGUGGCCGACCCGAUGGCGGAGCUGUGGAAUCACACGGCGUCGGCGGGCCGGUCGGACCUCUUCUGCUUCGACCCGACGAAGAUCACCAUGACCGGCAUCUGGACGGGGGACAACCCGCUGGACUUCUCCCUCCCGCUGCUCCUCUUCCAGAUCAUCCUCAUCACCGCCACCACCCGCGCCGUGGCGCUGCUGCUGGCGCCGCUCCGCACCCCGCGCUACAUCGCCGAGAUCCUGGCGGGCUUCCUCCUGGGUCCCUCCGUGCUGGGCCGCGUCCCGCACUUCUCCGACAUCGCCUUCCCCGUACGCAGCAUCUUCAUCCUCGAGUCCAUGUCCCUCAUCGGCCUCGUCUACUACACCUUCACCAUCGGCGUCGAGAUCGAGCUCCACACCGUCCUCCGCUCGGGCUUCCGCAGCUUCUGGUUCGCCGCCGCCUCCGCGCUCCCGCCCUUCCUCGUCGGCGCCGUCACGGGCUACGUCGCGCUCUCAAGCGCCGGCGACGACGACGGCGGCGGCGGCGGGGGAGGAUCCACGACGGCGGCCGCCAAGGCCGGGCAGCAGUUCCUCAACCGCCUCUCCUUCCCCGUCUUCCUCGGCGCCACCUUCUGCUCCACCGCCUUCUCCGUGCUGGCGCGCAACAUCGCGGAGCUCAAGCUCGCCGGCACCGACGUGGGCCAGCUCUCCAUCUCCGCGUCGCUCAUCAACGACACCUUCGCGUGGGCCGGGCUCACCGUCGCCACGGCGCUCGCGCACGUUCGCUACGGCAUGGGGCCCUGCCUCUGGACGCUCGUGUCGGGGGUCCUCAUCGUCAGCGCCAGCUACCUCGUGGUCCGCCCCAUGCUCGUCCGCCUGGCGCGCCGCGUCGCCGAGGGCGAGGUCGUCACCGAGGCGCACGAGUGCUGGGUCCUCGUCGGCGUCCUGGUGGCCGCGCUCGCCGCCGACGCCGGGGGCACGCACGCCAUAUUCGGCGCCUUCGUCUUCGGCCUCGCCGUGCCCAAUGGCCCCGUCGGCGUCGCCGUCGUCGAGAAGGUGGAGGACUUCGUGGUGGGCACGCUGAUGCCGCUCUUCUUCGCCAUGAGCGGGCUCCGCACGGACACCGCCAAGAUCACCAGCGCGGCGGCGGCGGUGCUGCUGAUGGUUGCCGCUCUUGCCGCGGCCGUCCUGAAGGUGGCCGCCGCCGUGGGCGUCGCGGCCGUGUUCGGCAUGCCGCUGCUGGACGGCACCUCCAUCGGGCUGCUGCUCAACACCAAGGGGAUCAUCGAGCUCAUCAUCCUCAACAUCGGCAGGAACAAGCGGAUCAUGAGCGACCAGUCGUUCACGGUGCUGGUGUUCAUGUCGGCGCUGAUCACGGCGCUGGUGACGCCGCUGCUGGCGCUGGUGGUGAAGCCGGCGCGGCGGCUGGUGUUCUACAAGCGGCGCACCAUCGCGUGGCCGCAGCCGGACGCGGAGUUCCACGUGCUGGCGUGCGUGCACAUGCCCCGCGACGUGCCGGCGGUGCUGACCCUGCUGGACGUGGCGUCGCCGUCGGACCGGUCGCCCGUGGCGCUGCAGGCGCUGCACCUGAUCGAGUUCGCGGGGCGGUCGUCGGCGAUGCUCCUGAUCAACGCGUCGGCGCCGUCGUCGUCGUUCGAGCACUCGGCGCACCGGCGCAGCCAGGUGGAGCUGCAGUUCAAGCACAUCGCGCACGCCUUCAUGGCGUACGAGGAGAACGUGGCGGGCGUGUCGACGCGCACCAUGGCGGCCGUGUCGCCGUACGCGACGAUGCACGACGACGUGACGGCGGCGGCGGAGGAGCAGCACUCGGCGCUCAUCCUGCUGCCGUUCCACAAGUACCGGUCGGUGGACGGCGGGAUGGAGGUGUCGCACCCGGCGAUCCAGCCGCUGAACCAGAGCAUCCAGCUCUUCUCGCCCUGCACCGUGGGCAUCCUCGUCGACCGCGGCCUGGGCGGCGUGCCGGGCGCCGGGUGCCGCGUGGCGGCGCUCUUCUUCGGCGGGCGCGACGACCGGGAGGUGGCGGCGCUGGCGAUCCGCAUGGUGUACAACCCGGCCGUCGACCUCACGCUGCUCCGGUUCGCGCAGAAGGGCGGCAGCUUCACGGGCACCGAGUUCGACGCGCUCAAGGAGCGCAAGGCCGACGACGCGAUCCUGCGGGAGUUCCUGGACAGGGCCAACAGCGUGAGCGCCGGCGGCGGUGGCGGCGCGGGCGUGGAGUACCGCGAGCGCGGCGUGUUCAACGCCAGCGAGAUGGUGGCGCAGAUCAGGGAGGUGGAGGCGCUGGGGAAGGACCUCUUCGUGGUGGGAAAGGUGCCGGGGCUGCCGGCGCUCACGGCGGGGAUGGCGGAGUGGAGCGAGUGCCCGGAGCUGGGGCCCAUCGGGGACCUGCUGUCGUCGAGGGACUUCCACACCAUGGCGUCGGUGCUGGUGCUGCAGUCGUACGCGAGACCGUCAGCCGGGGGGAUGUCGGCGGAGCUGGGACUGGGAGUGGGCGGCGACGGCGUGCCCGCGGCGGGACGGCCGCCACGGCCAGAUCAGAUCCGUAGGGGUAGCCUCGGGAAUAGGAGCUAGCUACCUAGCUAGGUCGGUAGGUCAUCGAGGUGGCUAGCUAGCUAGCUAGCGUCGCCAUGGGUGCGUGCAGUGGGUUCUUGCUUGCUCCAUCAUGAGGUUCAUGGUAACAAGAAGCACGUAGUCGCCAGCGAUCACCGGACAAAUUUAGUCGAGGUAGCUUGAAUGCUAAUUGCAGUUUGUGUAGUUAAAUACCACUGUUACCAUUAGAGUAGUCCGUCGAGGUCACCGGCUGGCCAAAACGUGAUCUGCUGCUCCUCCGAAAACAAGGUCUGUACCAGCCGGCCAUCAACAAAUUUGCAGUACCUUGUCCCAUCGAUCAGUUCAUGCUAGUAGAUUUGGAAAUAGCAUCGAUCAGUUGCGCCUUGUCCCAUCAACAAAUUUGUAGUCUUUAUCGCGAGGGAUAGGAGGGGGAAGAGUUUCGCGCGCGGGGGAGAGGACAGCUCGCGCGGGACAGGAUAUAGCAAGUUGUUUUACAAAUUUCUAGUAAAUUUAUGGUUUUGCCAAAUCUUUUAGGAUAUAGCAAGUUGUUUUACAAAGUUGUUGGAGACAAAACCAAAUGAAAGCUUAUAGGGAAGGACGGCAAAGCAGAUUGACAAUA